UUUCCUCAGGGGGGUAGGCAGCAGUCGGGUGGCAGCUGCUGGGCGCCUCGUAGCCGCUUCUCGCGCGCGCCCCUCUCUCCUCCUCUGUCUUCCUCCCUCGCGCCGCGCGCUCCCCAAAGCGGGGAGGGCGGACCUCGCCGGUCCCGAGAGAGGCAGCGAAGCGAGCAGAGAGAGAAGCAGGCACACGCGCGCGCCGGGCACCCUUCGGGAGCAGCGGAGGCGGCGGGGGGCGGUGGCGUGUCCAGGAUGGAAGGGGACCGGAUGGAACCCGCCGUUACCAUUAAGAAUAUUGAACGAGAGCUCAUCUGCCCAGCAUGCAAGGAGUUAUUUACCCAUCCACUUAUACUCCCUUGUCAACAUAGUAUCUGCCACAAAUGCGUAAAAGAAAUCCUUUACUUUACGCUUGAAGAUUCGUUCAAUGAUGCUGCCUCAGAGACCUCCAAUCAAAGUAGCCCUCGCAACCGAAUGCAUUCCCCUAGCUUGGAUAGAAUUGACAGGGUUAAUAGAUCAGCCUCACAGAGGAGGUCUCUUGGGUGCAGAGGUUGGAAACGCAAUUCCUUGACUCCUAAGACAACUACCUUCCCUUGUCCUGGAUGCCGGAAUGACAUAGACCUGGGAGAGCGUGGCAUCAAUGGCCUAUUUCGCAACUUCACUUUGGAAACUAUUGUAGAACGAUAUAGGCAGGCAGCAAGGGCAGCUACAGCCAUUAUGUGUGAUCUCUGUAAACCUCCACCGCAAGAAUCCACAAAGAGCUGCAUGGAUUGUAGUGCAAGUUAUUGCAACGAAUGCUUCAAAAUACAUCAUCCCUGGGGAACUGUAAAAGCGCAACAUGAAUAUGUGGGACCAACUACGAACUUCAGGCCUAAAAUUUUGAUGUGUCCGGAACAUGAAAUGGAAAGAGUAAACAUGUAUUGUGAAAUAUGCAGAAGGCCUGUUUGUCAUCUUUGCAAAUUGGGUGGCUCACAUGCAAACCAUAGAGUGACUACCAUGAGCAGUGCCUACAAAACACUCAAGGAGAAACUUUCAAAAGACAUAAACUACCUCAUUAGUAAGGAGAGCCAGGUGAAAAGCCAGAUUACAGAACUUGGUCUUUUAAUGAAAGAGGCAGAGCAUAAUGGCGAAAGAGCUAAGGAAGAAGCAUCUCACAGCUUUGAUAAGUUGUUCGAUGUUUUGGAAGAGAGGCGAGCAACUGCACUCAGGGCUAUUGAAGCUUCCAAAAACCUAAGACUGGAGAAAUUGCAUUCUCAGAUAGAAGAGUAUCAGGGACUUCUAGAAAAUAAUGGCCUUGUAGGGUAUGCCCAAGAAGUUCUUAAAGAAACAGACCAGUCUUGUUUUGUUCAAACAGCGAAACAGCUUCAUGAAAGAAUUCAAAAAGCAACUGAAUCUUUGAAGAGCUUCAGACCUGCAGCUCAAGCUUCUUUUGAAGAUUUUGUUCUUGACAUAGCAAAGCCACAGGAGGCUCUUGGGGACAUGUCUUUCCUUUCGAGUGGUGUUGAUAUACCAGAAAUCAAUGAGGAACAAAGCAAAAUGUAUAACAAAGCUUUGAUCUGUUGGGAUCAUCCACAGAAAGCAGGUUCAGCUGAUACUUACAUCCUUGAAUACCGUAAACUGAACAGAGAAGACGCUAACCCAGCAUGGCAAGAGACUGAAGUCUUCGGCAAGAGUGAGAUCAUCUCUGAUCUUGACACUAACAGCAGCUAUGCCUUCAGAGUCAGAGGAUAUAAAGGAUCUAUCUGUAGUCCUUGGAGCAGGGAAGUUAUCUUGCACACACCUCCAGCUCCAGUUUUUAGUUUCCUUUUCGAUGACAAGUGUGGCUACAAUAGCGAACACCUCAUGCUGAAUGCGAGGAGAAAUGCUGUGGAAAGCAGGGCUGGAUUUCCUUUGCUUCUGGGAGCUGAACGUAUCCAAGCUGGUUGCUACACUACAUUAGACUAUGUUGUUGGAGACACCGGUAUUGUGAAAGGGAAGCAUUUCUGGGCUCUCCGCGUGGAGCCCUAUUCAUAUUUGGUGAAAGUAGGAGUUGCAUCUGAUGCUAAGAUCCAAGAAUGGUUCCAAAAUUCUCGUGAUCUAACAAGCCCAAGAUUACAGUUGCGUGACACUGUCGGGGAGAGAAAAAUCUUACAACAUGAAGAAAAGGGCCAGAAAGAGGAGGAGGGGGGAAGAAUGGAAAAAAGAUAUGAACAAGACAGUGGUCAUGACAGUGGGAGUGAAGACAUCUUUGUCGAGUCCUUGCAGCCUUUCACACUGGUAACCUUAGGCAUGAAGAAAUUCUUUAUUCCUAAGGUUUCUCCUGCUCCAGCUGCUUCCAAAGAUUCUAUGAACAGAAUUCUUCCCCUGCCAUCAUGCAUUGGAAUCUGCCUAGACUAUGACAAAGGCAAAGUUGGAUUCUAUGACGCAGACAGGAUGAAAUGUCUUUAUGAGCGUCAGGUAGACUGUUCUGGUAAAAUGUAUCCAGCUUUUGCAUUGAUGGGGAGUGCAGGAAUUCAUCUGGAAGAAACGAUUGCAGCAAAAUAUUUGAAAUACGAAGAUGAGGACAUGUAAUGCCCAAGGACCCAUCUUUAGCAUUAUGUCUUAAUUACAUCAUAUCUCCUAAGUGCUUUUGCUGCAACCCUGCUUUUGAGUCUUUCUGUUUUCGUUUCGUUUUUUAAGUGUCACAGAAAUUUUUCCAUCUCUACCAGAUUUCUUUUGUCCAGAAAGAGCUUUCUGGAGUCACCCCUUGACCUGCCUUUUGGCAUGCCUUUGGAGCCUUCAGAAAUCAAAUGGAUUCGCAGUCUCAUUGCCUUUCAUAAGCUGGAAGUCUGAUGGCUAUCUGGUUUUAAAUUUUUACUUAGCUGAUGCUUGCUGGCACUCACCUUCCAUUUUAAAAUGGAAAUGGGCCCUGUGUAACAGUGCAUUUCUUAUGCUUAUGUAUUAUGUAUGCUCCUUGCUUGAAAAGGAGCUUAUUUCACUACAUUGCGAGUGGUUAGGUGUCCUGGUUACUAUAUUUGCAUGGGAGCAGAGUACAUUGUGAAUCCACACUGCAAUAGAAAUUGGGAGAUAGAUGUGAAUCACAAUGAUUGUAGCCAAGAUGGAUUUAUUGUGACUCACGCAAUUGACUUUUACAAACCUGUCUGUCUAUCAGUGAUCAAUAGCAAGGUUCUUAUGUGUGUUUUCAGUGUUGUUGGUUAUUUCCUACAUACUGUACUUCAGUAUAUUUAAAUAUAAGUGCAAUUUCUCUUGAAACAUCAGACCUUGCUGUUGAAAACUGCAUAUAGAGAGAUUUAAAAAGCAGGCCCAAAUGGUAAUAUUAUAGAUUUUUUUAAAAAAAAGAAAAAGUGAACAUUUUUUGUUUGCGUAGUUUAUACUGUAACUUCAUUUUUAAAAAUGGUUUUUAGUGUGUUUAGAAUAAAGUGUACUGACCAUUAAGUUUGGAACAAUUUUGCCUUAGGGUGCCCUUGUCAAUUAGAUGUGUUAGCUAGAAAGCAAUCCAUACAAAACUGACUGAAGCUCCAUAUAGUCUGCUUAGCUUGUGGCAAAUGUCGCUCUUAAGCAGAGGUUGGUGAAGCACUGCACUUCUGAUCAUCGUUUUCUUUUGGUGGAAUUAAAUUUGUGUAAUAUGUUUUGCUAAGUACUGUUUAAAAAUACUGCAACAGGUUCCCCAAGGUUUGGCAGCUGCUGAUCAUUUGGGAUCAUAAAACUGUAGCCCAAAGCGUUACUUUUAGCUUGUGUUUAUUUAUGAGAUGCUGACUAAGCCAUAACUUAUUUAUUGUACAGUGAAGUGAUAUUCUGCUUUUUAAAAAGAACCCCCCCCAUCAUAAUUUAAUCAACAAGUGGAUUUGGACAUUUCUGCUACUUUUAUGCACCAUACUGUUUCAAUCAGUACUGAGAAUUAGUGGAUCGUUUGGGACCUAUUCAAUAUAAAUGUGAUGCUUACACUUCAGUUGAAGGGACCAGGGGCAAAGAUACUUACCUGUCUAUGCAGAGCUUCUUGCUUUAAACUAAAAUUGAAAAGUUUUAAACCACCCAGGAAUGUUGUGUCAUGGUUUCGUUUGGUCUUUUUUUAGAAAGGGGGGGGG